AUGGAAAUUCAGCAUCUCACGCGGAACAAGAGCCAGGCCGUGGCGGCCGCCACUCUAAUCCACGCACGAGCUCCUAGAUACAAUGCUGGCCCUUCCUUUGUGAACUACGGCAACAUGGGUCAUCGUCGCGGCCACCGCUUCUUCCAGCGUGGAAUCACCUCAACCGGCGUCAACAGAAUCUGGCACGGUUCACAAAAGAAGCCCCAGCACUCACGAGCCCCUAGCUACAGUUCUGAGAUUUCUUUUGUGAGCUACGGCAAUAUGAGCCAUCGUCGCGGCCCUAGCCUAGGAGACACUUUGCGUGUGUCGAACUUUAAGCGUUCUGGCCUUCAUUUUGUUUCUGGUGGUGGUGGUGGUGUCUCACCCGAUCCAUUGGAAGUUAAUGCGGCUAUCCCGACUGGAGCUAUGCCCCCUCACGAUGUCUACGAGGGAGUCAUGACCACUGAUCCCACUCAGCGAUUCGGGAACGAUCCUUUCGUCGACGUCGAAGCCUACUGGUGCUUCAAACCCAAAGACGGAGACCGUAAACAACAACCUCAAUAUCAAAUUCUAUUGAUUGCCUGA